GGGUUAGAUUUUUUUUUUUUUUUUUUAAGGAACCCAAUAGGAAACUGAGUUUUGCGUAAAUUGCAUGAAUUAGCAAUUUAGCCAUCCUUUCUUUUACUGCGUGGAUCCGGUCUGUUCUCUCUUUUCCCACUCUUUCUUUUUCCCCCCCUUUGUGUCUUUUUUUACUCAAGGCAUAGAUACUGAUAUACUCCUUACAUAGAAGCAAAAAAAAAUGGAUUCUGUAAACCAUAAUGUUUUACAGUUUGUAUCGGCUGCUGCUCAAGUAUUUGAGAAGCAGGAAGUCGAAGAAUUAAGAGACCUUGUACGCUCACAAGAUAACUUAUCAACAAACUGGAUUACAACAGAAGAAACGGUGGAUGAUAGCUUGACUCCGAGCCAUCGAAAGGAGAUAGAUGACAACAGCAAAAAUCAGCAAAAUAUAAAGGAGCUGUUAGCCGAAGCAACAGGUAUUACAAUCGAAGCAGAAGAGGCAGUUGACCGAACAACAACAUCAACCGCCAAAAAUGAUCAUAGAAAUUCAAUGACCUCUUCUUCACUGAAUGACCAGAGUAUUGAAGAAAAGCUAAAAAAUGUAUUUCAUUUACCAACGAAAGAGACUUUAAGAGGAGAAUGGCCGUGCUAUAUUGUACAAUCUGCCAUUGUGCCUGGCUUUAUGUACUUGACGGAUUGUCAUAUUUGCUUUUAUGCAUCAUUACCCAAGAAUCAACCUUUCAUAAGUCAGGCUAUCUAUUGCUAAAAAAAUCAGCCGGUAAAACAACGAAAAAGAAAAGUCAACUGUAUGAGCGGUAUUUCUUUGAUAUCAAGCAAGACACUUUGAGCUGGUAUGAAAGCCCAGUCGAUGCCUACUCUCCUUUAGGUAAAAUAGAUUUGAAAUCAACUAUUGCCAUCCGACAAUCAACAAAACGACAGAAUGCUUUCAGGAUAGUGACUAUGAACAGAAUAUGGCAUUUGGAAGCGGAUACACAUGCUGCCUUGAUUGAAUGGUAUGCGGAUUUUCUCUUGUUAUCUGUUCUACGGGUGAUAUUGAUUCAAACAUCUUUCUCUCCCCCGCCCCCCCCCGCCCAUGCCUUUUCUAGGACAAAUUCUUUACAAAAGGCC